UCAUCAAUCAUACGUUUGUGUUCUGAGUUCAUUUUUCGUUUCGAACUUGAUUUUUUUCUUUUGAAAAAUUGAUUAAAUUAACAGAUAAAAAAAUGAUUGAAUUGUGUGAAGCAACUGAAGAUAAUCCAUUCAUACAUGGAAUGUCCAAACAAUUUGUCGCCGCAUUACAACAAUUGUUCGAUGUAAUGGAUACAGAGCAAUCGGGUACGAUUCAUUUUGCUGAUCUUGCCAAUCAAUGGGAAGAAGAUGAUGGUGAUCCAUUUUUUCCCAGAGGUCUGAUUGCCUGUCUAGCUAAAGUUAAACUACCGAAUGGUAUGCUAACAUUCGAUCGAUUCUGUGCCGGUAUUAAGCUUUGUUUGCUCAAAAAUCAAGUCGAUAUUAAUGAUGUUCGAAUGAUCACAUCAAUGACUGAUGAAUGUCGAUCGAUGACUACAUCUGAUUCAUCGAUUACCAUACCAAAUGGUGGUGAUUUAAAUAGUCAUUCUCAAUUAUUACCACCACCUGCACCAUCUUUAUCUACUUCCGUUGAUCGACCAUCAUCAGAACCACAAAUAUUUGCUCCACCGCCUCCAUCUUCAUUAUCAUCGCCAACACCAACAUCGAGUAGUAACAAAACGGCGGAAGUGAAUAAUAAUAAUAUCAUUUACACUAAUAAUCCUAAAUUGACAAACACUGCCACAUGUCUUCAACAGAUACAGCCAACUGAAAUCACAUCGGCUACAAAAAAGUUACCGCUUCCUUCAUAUGAACAAGUUAUGGCUGCUAAAAGUAAGCCUAAAGUACCACCACCGGUACUUUCAACCGUCAGCCACAAUUCAAAUUCUGAUCAAUCACCUACAGCAACUGCAUCUACGAAUUCAUUGAAUAAAGAAUCCCACCAACAAAAACAACCAUCUAAAACAGCCAAACAAUUUCCUCAUCUCUCUCAACAUCAAUUAGAAGAGAUUAAACGCGUGGUGAAUCAUCGAUAUUUGGAAAGCCAAUAUGGCCAUACAUCAGGGAAUCGUCCAUCGAUUAAUAAUGAUAAUCAACAGCCAUUACAACAUCAGCAAGCAUGUCGUGCCAAAAGUAUGCCACAUUUGAUAGAUGUUUCGCACAAUUCUCCAUCAUCAUCUUUCUCGUUUAACACUGCUGAUCAUCUUAAUUAUUCUCAACAAAUACCUAUGAAUUAUCAGACACACCUACUAAAUCAUCACCAUAGCCAUACUUAUCAACGACAUCCUACAACUAAUGAAAACCGAAAAGAUCAGCAUAUUAAUUAUCAUAAUAGUUCAGCAAAUUCGAUAAUUAGCGAUAAUAAUGAGCAAACACCAAUAGUCAAAACGAUAAUUAAUGAUGGAAAUGCUGCACCAAAAACUGUUUCACGUAAUUGCAUAAUGAAAACAUUGCAAAAUUGGAGAGAUAAUAUCUUAAGCAAACAUCCAUUGCCAUCAUUUAAUGAUUUAAUUCUACAGACGAAGAAUACUGGUACCGAUUUUCAUUGGCCACGUUCAUUGGUCACAAAAUCCGCUCAAACACCAACAUCAAAUAUAAAUUGCCAAAAAAAUAACGACAUUAGUCAUUUACAGGCCUCUCCUAUCAUUAAUGAUGAUGGUCUUAAUGAUCAAGAAUUCGUCGCUCCCGUUAUAUCAGUCCCCAAUGAAAACAAUUAUAUCGAUAAUAAUGAUCAAUCAAUGGCAAUGUUUAGUGGUUUUCAGCAUUCAUCAUUACAUCGACGAUCAUCAAUUCGUCAGCAUAGGCAGCCACGAGAACCACGUCGACAUACCGUAGGUGCAAAUGGGAUCGACCUUUAUGCUGUAAAAAGAUUUCAGCAACUUGAACAGGAGAAAGACAUAUUGAUAGGAGGAUUGGCAGAAAUCGAACGUACAAAAGAAUGGUAUUUAAGGCAAAUAUCAGUUCUACAGAAUCGAAUCAAUAUUGUCAGCCGUUCCGGUGGAUCAUCAUUCAUUGCAUCUGAUUAUAAUAAUAUUGAUGCCUACCAGGAAAGAAUAAAUUUUCAAGCAGUUCGCAUACAGACAUUGAAUCAGCAUUUAACAGCAUUACGUGAUGUUGGACAAAAUUUUCCCAUUCACAUGAAUCUGGCUAUAAGACCAUUAAAUGGGCUGCCAUCAUCAAUAAAAUCAAUUGGAGCGCAAUUAUCACCACAAUCAUUAGCGACCGGGCGUAUUGAUCCAAAUCAGCCAAGACAAUUAGUUGUCAAUCCAAAUUUGGUCAACAAGUUGAAGGAACAAAAUCGACUAUUGACCGAUGAAGUGACAAGAAAAAGUGAUCGUAUCACACAAUUAGAAAGGGAAAAAUCUUCUCUUAUACGAGAAUUGUUUCAAGCUCGUACCUAUUCAAGUUAUUAUAAUGGACAUUUUGAUGAUACAUUCAUGUGAUGUAAUGUUUAUUAUUUACAUUUGUUAAACGAAAUAUUUUAAUGCCAUAUAACCUGUUGACGCCUAUAUCGGUGGAUGUUCUAUUUUUGACAGAAAUUGACAGACACACAUACAUUUUAAUUGUACAUAAAAAAAUUUUGUUUUGCCCAAUUUUUUAAACAAAUUCCAAAUACAAUAGUAAUAGAAAAAUCUAAUGGAACUUUUUCAAUAGAUACCUCAUUGUAUUGGCCUCCACGGCAGUAUUGAUUUUUU